GGUUGAUUUACACGUCGUUGGUCAAUCAUCCAUGACGAAUGGAUAAGACUUUCUUUGGGACUCUAUACUGACAAAUAUACUUUAGACUAUCUUUGUGGUUUAGAUAAUACCUACUAUUCUGUUUCGAUUAUCUAUACUAGUUGUAUUACAUAAUCACAGUUACUAUGGGUUUUGGUCGAAGGUUUUGUUGGAUAGGUAUACUAUUCGCUGCUUGCAUUGCAACUUUUAUUCAAGCGGAUUCCGAAACGAAACAAAUCAACGCACAAAAUAUACAAAGUUCAAGGGAGAUUGGUAUUCUUCAGAUGUUUGACGGCAUAUGGUUCUUUCAAAAAAUGGGAAACGUCACUCUUAGAAACAAGCAAAGAUAUGCUUCACGUCACGGCUAUGAUAUGAUCAUUCAUAGUCCUUAUGAAACCACUGGAUUGUGGGAAGAGACUAGCUGCAAAGAUAAAUCUUCUACCGAAAUCGUAAAACGAGGAAACCACUGUUACAAACCCCAAAAAGACUUUACUCUUGACAGAAGGGCGGCAACUUUUGGAAAAAUAAAACUAGCUUUGGCAGCUUGUGUAGGGAGACCUAACUAUUGGUUGCUGUGGAGUGAUGCAGACGCACUGAUUGUCAACCAAUCUAUUCCAUUAGAAGAUAUUAUCGACAACGAUUACGAUAUCAUAUUGACGGAAGAUUGGUUGAUGAUCAAUGCAGGUGUAUUCUUGUUGAAAUGUUCUCCAUGGAAUAUUCAAUUUCUCAACAAAGUAUAUCACGAUAGAGAGUUUGAUAAGGCAAGAGCUUUGGACCAAUCUGCAUUGCAAACUUAUAUCGAUAAGUUGGGCGAUAAAGCUACUCAACAUGUGAAGUAUAUCGCAAAGCAUGUGAUGAAUGUUUAUUUGGAAGAAUAUCGACCAGGAGACUUUCUAUUGCAUAUGGCUGGAAAAUUGUACGAGGCAACUCCAGAAGGAGCUACAGCUAUUGCUCAACAAUUCGAUGUUCUUUCACAAGUAACCGAUGUGGAUGAUAUUGAUGCCUUUUUUAGUACUUGUUAUGUUUUGAAUUAUGGAGGUUUAUGUCAUCUUCCAGCUGAACAGGGUUUGAUGUGUCCUCCUGAAUAUCAACGAAAACUCCCAGAACCCAUGAAUGCUCUUACAGAGAAUGACCGAUAUAGGCAUGUUACGAUAAGAUAUCCUUGGAUGGGCGAACAUUGGAAAGAUAAAUGGGCAGAUCAUGUUCCAACUAGAUGGAGUGAAACCGAGAAAUCCAAGGAAGACUCUUCAAACCAUGAUGAACUUUGAAAGUUGGAUGACAAUUAGGCUUGGCGAAAAGUGAGGUUUUGCUUUUUCUCCAUAUGUGUGCUUGUGUGUGUUUUUGUGUGUGUGUGUGUGUGUUUUGUUGUUUUGAUGUGAAAGAAAUGAGAGAAAAAUACAGAGAGAAAAUCGAAAGAGAGAAAAAUAGAAACAGAGAAAAAUAAAAUGAUCAAAAUUCUU